AUCAAUAUGUAUGUGUCUUUGCAGAUAUGCUUCUGGAUGACUUUCUACUCACAUACCCAGUGUUCAUGUCAACCAGCGAUUUAUGCCAAGCUCUUCUGGGACACUAUUGCAACAAGUGGCACAAAAUUAAGGAGGACCUGAAAGAGGCUCUGGAGAGGAAACAGAAAGUCCUGCACCUGGUGUGGCACUGGAUGUCUCUCUGCAAGGAGUUCCUGAGAGAGGACGAACAUGUCAAAAUCUUCCUCAAGAGUUUGUACCGUUGCGUGUUCGAUGAUCUUUAUGAGCACCCAGCCCUGGAGAAGGACGUGAUAGAGUUGCAGAAAUUUUACCACCUAAGACGCAGACACACUGUGGAUGAUGAUUCGCCUCACACAAAUGGUAGAGCUCUUUCCCACCAACUGAGCUUGAAAGAGAAUGGGCUCAGAUCCAGAAUCACACAGAGAGAGAACAAGGAAGUUCUCUGCCGCGUGUACAUCACGAUGGACUCGUAUCUUAGUGCGAAGGUCCACUGUGAGGUGGUUGCUCAGGAGCUGUUGCAGGCAGUGGCAGAAAGGAUGGAUGUUCCUGCAUCUGAACUGAUACUUGUGGCCAUUACUUAUCCUGGAGGUAGACUCCUCCUGCAGCCUCAGGACAGAGUUUUCUCCAAUUCUUUACAGCCAGUGGGGAGGCUUCAUGUGUGCAGGAAGGACCUCGGUGAAGUCCUGGUAGGAACGGCGUUGUAAUUUGUGACUUUGAUGGGGCUCAGGAGCAGAUUUAGUGGGAUAGAGUUUUGUCCAAGAUAAGGAGUGAGGAGAUUGUUUUACAUUACAGAAAUGUAAAAAAAAAUACAAAAUAAAGAUGAAAAAUUCUAAUGAACAGAAGUGCUUAAAAACAUUCCUUAAAUGAAAAAAAUAAUAAGUGAAGUGACCAAUUUAUUGGAAUUUCAAAUUAUAUGUGGAUCACAUUGCACUCUAAGCUUUAGGAAGUCUGGCCUAAAAUCACAUAAAUUCAAAUCAGUUUAUUCAUAUAGAUGCAAGCUGAGCCUUUUCUCUCAUUCUUUUGAGACAAUGAUCCAAAUGAUCACAAAAGACAGUGAAAUGUAAAACAACCAUCAAUGAAGACAUGUAAAUAAGAAGGAACACUGUAGAGCAAAACACCACAAAAUUUUUAAACAUAAUCAUAUAUGAACCAGGAAAAUAAAACUUGCAAAUUGACUCAACCAACCCUUAAGAAAACCUCAAUAAGAUCCACAGCUGAAGACAAAAAUUUAACUGCAAAACAUUCCAAUUGGUCAUGUUAGUUUUUAAUAUGAUAAAUAAGAGGCAUCCAUUUCUAUCAUAAUCUGUCAGGUGGCAAACCCCAUCAUUGGUAGGAUGUGGAAAAAAAAAUUCAUUGCCAAACCAUUAUCUCAGUUUGGAAAGUUUACGGAAAUCAAAUU